CAAUCAUUCGUAUUAUUCAAAUAUUUGACCUUUUCCAUGAAGUGAACCUACUUUUUUGAGAAAAUGCCCCGCCCCACUGAACACAAUCCUUAUUGGCACAACGCUCCCCAUUUUGCAGCCCGGAGCUGCAAUGUUGGUUUUUCUUUUUCUUUUCUUUUUUUACACAACCCGUGGCUCUUAAGGGAGAAAACAUGAUGUUGGUCUAUUUGAUUUCAGUCGUUUUAGCAAGUGUUCUCAUCAUACCGGUGGCGCUCAGAACUUUGUCCCCGUAUCUUUGGAUGGAUGUUCUGUAUUUCGGGGAUCUGCUGCGGAUUUUGGUGAAGUUUGUGUCAAGGCGAAGACGGAGACCUCUCUUCUUUGUUUUGGACCGUUUCUUGGAGCAGACCGCUUCGCAACCAGACAAGAUCUUUAUUGCGUUUGAAAAUGAAAGCUACUCGUACACGUACACGGACAAAAGGAGCAACAAAACAGCCGACGCGCUGCGGUCUCACCCGGGGUACGAAGCCGGGGACACCGUGGCACUUUUCAUGGGGAACGAGCCCGCCUUCAUGUUCACAUGGCUGGCCCUGGCUAAAUUAGGCUCUCCCGUGGCUCUUCUCAAUCACAACAUCCGCACCAAGUCUCUGCUGCACUGCUUUAACUGCUGCAAGGCCAAAGUGUUGAUCGCGGCCCCAGAGCUGAAGGAAGCGGUGGAGGAUGUGCUGCCCUCACUGAAGGAGCAGGGCGUCACCGUCCUCCUGAUGACCAAACACUGUGACACACCUGGGAUCGAGAGCUUCUCCGAUAAAGUGGACGAGGCAUCAGACGCUUCGCUCCCUCGAUCCCUCAGAUCACACAUCACAUUCAAAAGUCCUGCAGUUUAUAUUUACACCUCUGGAACUACAGGUCUCCCAAAGGCGGCUGUGGUCAAUCAGAACCGCCUCUUAACCGCUCUGGCUGUUCUAUCUUCAAACGGUGUAACGUCCAGUGAUAUCAUCUACCUCAACCUGCCUCUGUACCACACAGCUGGAUUCAUUAUAGGCUUUAUCGGCGCCAUUGAGACAGGGUCAACUAUCAUUCUGAAGAGGAAGUUCUCUGCCUCUCAGUUUUGGGACGACUGCAGGAAAUACAGUGUGACUGUUGUGCAGUACAUAGGAGAGGUGAUGCGCUACCUCUGCAGUACACCGAAGGUAAAUUUUUUAUUGUUGUUCUCGUUUUUUUACUUCGUCAGGGCGACAUAGUACAAACAGGUGACAAAUAGACGGACAAAGAUGUCACGAAAUAUUCAGGGAUCAACACAAGACGUAUGAAAAAGACAUCAUCAUUUAAACAUGGUUCAGGUUUUUAGUUGUUUUUUUGAGUGGGAGUAUUGCCUGUGUUUGUGUGCAUAUAUCAAAGUGGGUUGUAUAAGUUUGUCAUGUAUUCAUAUUUAAAUAACAGGUAUGUUUCAGGAGGAGGAGGAGAGAGAAAUAAAUA